AUGUUAAAAAUUGGUUUCAUUUUUCAGUUGAACCCCAAUCCAAGGACAAGCGCGACUAAAUCAAAGGAAGAGGGAUCUCACUCGAUCAGACCUACAUGUGCGUACUGUCUGAAUAUUCCAAAAUUCACUCAUAAUUAUAUUGGAGUUUCCAUUUUGAUUUGUUUCAUAGUUGGACAAACUAUCCACUACUUCUACCUAGAAGAAAAGAAAGGGCGAGCAUUGAAAAGAGCCACAGAAGAUGAUAGUAAGCCGGCGCAAGAGCCAGAACAGGUGAAAGAAGAAAAGGAUAGACGAGAGAAGCUGGCUUAUGGAAUAUCGACUAAUUCGUAUAUAGUAGAAGAAGGGAAAACGCCAGCUGGACGAGUGACAACAGUUUUAGAAAAACGUCGAGCGUUGGCUCCGCCCAUCACACCUGCCUAUGGAGCAGCUUCGAUGAAUGCGUUGUAUGAGAGUCGAACGAAAACAGUGCAAAAAGAAGAGGCAAUGAUAUGUCAGGUACAAGUGACAGUUGAUAAAUGGGGUAGAGGUGCUGAACUGAUUUCUUUGAUCAAUGAUACAGAUAUCUCUCCAUCUUUGGUGACAGCUGAAGAAAAAGCAAAAUAUGCAAUGGAAUUGGUUCAACAACAUGUGGAAAAGAUGACAGAACAGAAAGUUUUUCUUCAUGGUUAUCUAGAAGAUCGAACACGAUUGUUGAGUGGAUCCGAGAAUUUGGAGUCGGAGAUUUUCAGCGAAGUUCGACUAGAACUGAAACUGGAAAUGACAGCUCCAGUUCAUUUGCUCCUGAGUGUGUUCUCUGCGAAAAUCGAACCAAAAAUUGAAAAGACAGCGCCACCGGCUCGAAUUUCAGAGCUCACUUCUGUCCCGAACAAGGAAGCACAAAAUGUUCCACAUACACCAAGAUCUUUUAAAAAAGGAAAAUCAGCAGUUUCUAGUCUGGAAGAAAAACAGCAAGGAUCGAGUUCCCGUCCAGUGAAAGUCACAAUUCCGAGUCCUGACAAAAUAGAAAGAAGAGGUUCUUCGAAACGAAAAACUGGGAAGAAAACUAGUGAUUUGUCUGAUUUGGCCCCUCUCCAACAAGUUCAACAGGGACAAUUGGCUACGGAGAAACAGCGGACACCGAAGGAUUCACCGAUGCCAAGCACACCAGAAAAACCAUCCUCUGGGCAGAUGCCGUUGGUGCAGAAGAAGAAGAAAAAGGAAUCACCAUUUGGUCAAGAUGGAUCGAAUUCGCUCCCUAGCUGA